UGUGUGCGGUCGGUUUGAUUGUAAUGUUUAUUUUUAUUCCACACUCCAGCACAGUUUUAGCGCAAUGUUUAACAGAAAGCAAGACAGCAGCGAUACGAGACGAAUACCGCACGGAUCGCCCAACGCCAGUAGCUCGCAGAUGAAUGGGAUAAUCCGGCCUGCUUACGUCAUAGAACGGUACGCCGCGUACUACCCGAUGAACCACAAACGACGCGGCAUGGCACUGUUGUUCUCGCACAAUAAGUACAAUGUACGGAAUGUGCCACUACCGGUCCGCGAAGGAAGCGCUGUGGAUUGCAAACGCUUAAAGGAGACACUAGACUUGUUCGGAUUCGAUGUGAAAGUUUAUCAGGAUUUUAAGCUGGAGGAAAUUAAAGCUGUCGUAGAGAAAGUAUCAGCAAUGGACCAUAGAGACAAUGACUGCAUCCUGAUCGCUGUGCUCACACACGGCGAGGACGGUGAUUACGUGUACGCGCACGACGUAUCGUACGAACUCUCCACCAUCUGGAGUUACUUCACUGCCGACAACUGUCCCUCGUUGGCCGGACGUCCAAAAAUAUUUCUCGUACAAGCCUGCCGCGGUAGCAAGUUGGACAACGGUGUGAAGAUACAGAAGGACGGUAUCGCCCGGUACAGCAUCCCGACACACGCCGAUUUUCUGUUUGCGUACGCAACCAUCCCGGGCUUUAUGGCGUUUCGAAAUACCACCGAAGGCUCGUGGUUCAUCAACGAGCUGUGCAAGGAGUUGCAGGAAAACGGGAACAAGUACGAUCUCGUCACACUGCUCACGUUCGUUACGCAAAAGGUGGCGUACGAUCACGAGUCGGUAUCGAAUCUGCCAGAGUUUAAUAUGCGCAAGCAGACGCCAUGUGUCGUUUCCAUGCUGACACGUUUGCUGCUGUUUAACGAGGUUUAA